AUGGAAGGCUCUACUCUGGAAUCGGAAAAGCAGCCCCUGCUAAAGCAAUCACAGCAAGAUUCUGGAUCAGUGCAACCGGUUGUAAAUGCAUCUCCAAUCGGUCCAGAUGAGGUGCCUCCUUCGUACCAGCAGGAGCAACAGAAUAGUAUUAUUGUAACAUGCCGCGUUUGUCAGGCACUGAUCGACAUCUCUUGGAAGAAGGAGCAACAUGUCGUCAAAUGUUUGCAAUGCAACGAAGCCACGCCCAUUCGAAAUGCGCCAGCCGGUAAGAAGUACGUUCGAUGCCCGUGCAACUGCUUGCUGAUAUGCAAGAGUUCUUCCCAACGUGUUGCCUGUCCGCGGCCCAACUGCAAGCGUAUUAUCAACCUGGCCCCGAGUCCAGUGACACCACCGCUGCUUCCGAUGCCGGGAAUGUGUCGUGUUACUUGUGGUCAUUGCCACGACACAUUUUUGUUUGACACUCUAAAAAACAAUCUUGCGAGAUGUCCGCAUUGUCGUAAGGUGUCUUCUGUCGGAGCUGACUUCUGUCGUAAGCGACGCAAUCUGCACUUCCUUGGUGGGAUUAUAUUUUUGGCCAUCGGUAUCGGUGUUACAUUUGCUACCUACACCUACGUGAGGGAUUAUAGUGGAAUUUUUGUGGCAUACAUCACCCUUUAUCUCAUCUCUUUACUGCUGUUUGCAAAGACCGUUUACUACUGUUCACUGAAGAUUAGUAACAUUGAAGGGCCGUUUACAAAUAUGGCGUCCUAAGGUAUAAAAAACAUUCCUAAAGGUAACCAGCGCGUCGAUGCUGUAUCGAGAUAAUACAGACGCAGACAUGCUGUUGGUGGUAACGCGAUAGAUAAAACAACGUGGACAAAAAUGCAUCAUUGGGAAAGGAAAAACAUGCUUGUAAAAGCGAGAAAGCCACAGUGUGUUAGACCAUCCUGUAUCGAAGGAAAAUUAGCAAAAGUUGUUGCUACCAGUUUUUUUUCAUGCUAAUGUGAAUGAGUAGAUUAAUGGCAAAACAAUUGUAAACCAAAUACGCAAAAGAGGAAUCAAAAUUAUUCAGCAUUUGUUGAUGUGGUGUGGGUUAAUGCAACACGUCGUCAAUCGGUAAAUGAUAGUGCAAGAUAAGCAAAACAGUUUCUUAUAGGAUGGGAGAGAUGAAACGAAAGAGAGCUAAACGUUUAACUUCACCACCGAUCUUUAAAAGAAUUUAUCAGUUGUUCGUUCUUCUGCUGUUUGAACUUGAGUUACAGUUUCUAAAGUUAAGCUUGUGGUGUGAUUAAAUGCACGUUGGUUUAUGAACGUCAUAUCGAUGAAUAAUGAUAUAUCUGUCGCAGGUUUCUGUCCCUUAGUUAUGUUUAUGUCGUUUUUUAAUAAUUCUACAGUUUCGAGUUUUUUUUAUCACACUUGGGAAGUAUAUUACAGAUAAAUAUUAUUGUGUAAAAUAUGAGUAUGGCCCGAGAGAAUGGAACAAUGUUUCUGCAAUGCUUAAUUCAAACGAUCAUUUUGUUAUUUGGUUACUCAAGAUUGGAAAUGUGCUGACAAGACAGAAGGACACACAGAUGGAUUAGGCUCGAUAUUAGAAUUAGGUGAAACAGGCUUGUGUACGCUGGUACGUGCAGGAAUGGCAAAAGAAUGAUAGAUCAGGAAAGUUAUACUAACGCAAGGUGACGUACCGUUGGCGGAUGCCAUGCUAAUGUUGGAUUGUUUCUAUUACAGUCAAACAUCUCACUGGGGGCAACAUUUAUUCAUUCAUAUUAUACAUACGAUACAUAAUUUCAUAAUAUGCAUUCGUCAGAACAAUGCUAUGUAAUACUAGUAUCAUAACACGAUGAUAAGGACAGUGGGAUAAUGGGGAGGAUGUAUUGAAUGGAAGGAUUUCUCAAUCCAUUCUUUAUUGAGGAAGUACACGGUUACUAUUGAAGAUAUAAACACAUAGAAUACAGUGGUUACUAGCUAAUGUUUUACUACUGAUGAAACAUAAUUAAGUUACGUAUGUCAAACUCGAUCUUGUAAACCAUGCAUGGUGCCCAUUAAACGGUGUCCAAUACAAUGUUAAACUUGAGAAAUGCACUAUCCCCUGUUCAACAUGAUAUUAUUUGUACGACCUUUCAUAACAGCAGAUUGAACUCGUGAACUCGUGAAAAGAAUUGGGAAAACUAAUUUGAGUACCAGAGGAGUACUUUGCGUGUAAGUAAAAUAAACCAAACGGAACCAUAGCACGUUUUGAUGAAAUGAAUAGCAUACUCAUGUAGUAUGCCUGGGUCAUUACUAGAGCAUAGGUAAAGAAAGGAUAAUGCUGGGGAUGGGUCUCUCGAACAAUAAAACUAACUAAAUUAUGCUUUCCACAUUUCUCACCAAGUAACUGACAUGCUCUGCUGCGAGGUUUACAAAGCAUGAAGUAAAAAAUAAAUGCAAAUUAGA